AUGGCAGAAGAACUGUUACUGGAAAGCGAUGGAAAACACAACGGGGUGAGUGGGCACCUCACAAAAUCACUACUGGCGGUGGCUUUCCUGGCCUCAUUCGGCAGCUCCACGCUCUACGGAUAUAACCUGGCUGUCGUCAACUCUCCUGCUCAGUACAUCAAAGAGUUCUACAACGAGACGAUGACAGAAACUUACGAUUGGACUCCACAUGAGGAAGUUCUCACCGUCUUGUACUCGCUCACUGUGUCCAUCUUUGCCAUCGGUGGGAUGACUGGUGCUCUGCUGGUGGGCCGACUUGUCACCACAUUUGGAAGGAAAGGGACGCUGGUGAAAUCUACUGUUCUGGUGUUUAUUGGUGGAGGUCUGAUGGGCUUCAGCAGAUGGAGCAGAAAUCCUGCCAUGGUCAUCAUCGGACGUUUCAUCACUGGAGUCCAUUCAGGAAUUUCUCUCAGUGUGGUGCCAAUGUACCUUGGUGAAAUUGCCCCAAAGAACCUGCGAGGCUUCCUGGGCCUCAUUCCCAGCAUCCACAUUUGUCUUGGAGUCUUCAUUGCUCAGGUCCUAGGCCUCUCUGAGCUGCUGGGAAAGGAGGAGCACUGGCCUCUGCUCCUGUCCCUUGUGGUGUUUCCCACCAUAGUUCAACUGAUGCUGUUGCCAUGGUUUCCAGAGAGUCCACGGUACCUGCUGAUAGAGAAGAGAAAUGUGCACGCCACCAUUGCAGCCCUGAAGAGGUUCCGCACUAAAGGAAACAUCCAGGCUGAGGUUGAGGAGAUGCAGGAGGAGCAGCGCUCUCUGUCCUCCAUCCAGACCUUCUCUGUCCGCAACCUGCUCAUGGACCGCUCUGUUCGCUGGCAGGUCAUCACUAUUGUGGUGGUCAACAUCGGCAUGCAGCUGUCUGGAAUCGAUGCGAUCUGGUUCUACACAAAUGACAUAUUUAAGAAUGCAGGAAUCCCAGAGCCUCAUAUUCAGUACACAACAGUGGGGACUGGUGCCAUUGAGGUCAUCUCAGGAAUGCUGGGGUGUUUUACUAUCGAGCGUUUGGGCAGAAGACCUCUGAUGAUCGGUGGCUUCCUCUUCAUGGGACUUUGCUGUGCUGGAAUCACUGUGUCCGUCCUCUUCCAGGCGCAGCUGUCCUUCAUGCGCUACAUCAGUGUGGGCUGCGUUGUUGGGAUUAUUGCUGGCUUCUGCAUAGGUCCAGCUGGCGUUCCUUUCCUGAUCACUGCAGAGCUGUUUAAACAGUCUCACCGGCCGGCUGCCUACACUGUGGCUGGUUGCCUCAACUGGCUGUCCAACUUCACCAUCGGCUUCGUCUUUCCCUUCUUAGAGAUAGCUACGGGUCCUUACUGUUACCUGAUCUUCUGUGUGAUCUGCUUGGGAGUGGCCCUCUACACCAUCUUCAUCAUCCCCGAGACCAAGAACAAAACCUUCAUGGAGAUCAGCCAGAUGUUCGCCGACAAGAACAACAUCCUGGAAGAAGAGCAGACGUUCAACGCUCAUCUGAAAAUGGCUAUGAUGAACGGUUACGGAGCCCUGGGCCAACACGACGAAGGCUAAGAGCUCAGAGAGGAGCUCGGCCGACGUCUUUUUCAUGAAUAAGGGGGUAAAUGUGGCCACGAGAUCUGCUGCUUUAAGUCUAAUGCGCUCACAAUGCACACAGCCAUACACACACAUUUACAUAUCUAUUUUUACACAUAAAAUACCAGUUCAUUUUUAGUCCAAGUGUAGCUCCUGUACAUUAUGUGAGACAGAAUUUAUACGGUCACGCGUUUCAAAUCAGCCAUCAGUCACAUUUGAAUCCAUUUCUUCUAGGUUUAAAGCAUAUUUAUGGGAGCUGAGUUGGUUUUUCACAGACGUUUCUACCCUCUGAGUUCUUCACAUGAUCAUUUAAUUGUUCACAUCCAGUGUUGUCCUCUUGUUGCUCACUACAGAAUGAAUGUUUAUUUAAUUGAAAUAGCAAUAACCCAUCUGACGCAGUGCUUCCAUCAGCUUACUGAAGGAAGCUAUGAAAGCCAAAAGUCACAAGGCAUCAUGUGAAUAAAACAUUUGCUGUUACUGUACGUUUACACUGAGUUCAAGGUUAAUUCCUUGACAAAGUACUUGAUUUAUGUUGUCUUCACUGAUUUUUGUCGCUUUUUAUGCAAGAGAGCUGGGUAUUGUGGCUACUGUGGUAGUCAUUUCAAGUGUCUUAUCCAAAUAUAUGCACAUGUAUACAAAUAUUUAUCACAAGUUUUUUCAGUUAUUUUUAAACUGCUGUAGACAACUUUGACUAAUAUAUGGAGGAGAUAUUAAUAUAAAUAAAUACGCUCCAAAACACAGAUAUUUGAACAUAAUUUUGUCUCUUUGUUCUCGGAAAGC